AUGUCAGCGGAACUGGACCACCAGCGUAGCUUACUGCGAUAUUCUAGUCUCUGCAAGCUGGUUGCCUACCUAGAAACUACACUUUUAGCUGACCUGCCAAAUUUGAAUCUACCUGAUUACCAAAUUUUAAACCUAGUUCUUACAGCGACAACUCUUCCUCCCCAAACAACUCCAGAUUUACGAUACUUAGAUGAUGGGAGCUCAAAAAGGCCAUUGCAUUUACGCUGUCUGGAUUUAAUUAAGCAGUUGAUGGAUAUUCUUCGGUUGGACUUGAGACCUGUUGAUCCUUUCUUUGGACCCGAACUGCCGUCUACCGAGGCCUACGAUAGUCUGCGGGCACUACUCUAUCAGCUUUUCGACUUUCUUACUUACAAUGACGCCAGCCUCACGCGCUCUGCACGCCGCAGAGCAGAGAACAUGAAUAAUCGCUCUCGUUUUGACCCUCUUCCAAACAGGAAUACAGCUGCAUUUUAUGGCCUCAGCACCGAAGAUAGACACAAAGAUCAAAUAUUGACAAAUAAGAAUUUUAACAAGUUGCACCUCAGCUCGUGGGAGUUUUUUCGAUGGGGUUUCAAGUGUGCGGAUCGCCAGGACGAGAAGCCUUAUUUUGUUAGCUGGCGAAUUUGGAAGAAUCUGUUGCAUUUGUUUUUAGACUUUUACUGGUACGACUUUGAACGGCACGAAUACUCUGACGACUCAAACGGGCGACUUGAAAACAUCAAAACAACGCUUAUCUACCAAGCGAUUUUUGCCUUGAAUGAGCAUACCAUGAAGGCUGCCUCGACGGAAUUGAUAGACAUAGCUUUCACCUCAAAGGACUCGUUUUCUGCUCCUAUUUUUGACAACGAAUUGAGGAUUCUCAAAACAGCAGUGAUCCCGGACGAAACCAAGCGCGAAAACGAGCCAUCAGAUUCGAUACCUCUUAGGCGCUCAGUACUUUGCUUGUGCUAUAGGGUUUUGAAACAACUGCCCCAAAAUCAAUCUGAGAAGCUGAUUGAGGAUUUCGCGGUGGAAGUAGGGGAGAGACUGAUAUUAUGGGGAAAUGCUGAUGUAAUUGAGUUUUUUGCAACUUCUCAUCCUGCGCAAGAUGAGAUGCUAUUGAUUGUCAGCAUUAACCUCAUGGAACAGAUUACACAUGAUGAUGUGGAUUACGCUGAACCCUACUCCUGGUUUUUCAGCUCUGCCUCAAUCGAUGACGCAUUUUUGAGCUUUAUACUUACAGCAGAACCAGACUUUGUCAAACAAAGGACGCCCAAUAGAUUGCUGGCUCAUCGUUCUCGUCUUGAGCUAAUGAACCUCUUGAUAAAUUUCCAGCUGUCAUUGUGGUUGAAAAAUAACUGGAAUAACUUAUCAGAGCAAAGGAAGAGAGACACAGCCACCAAAAUAUUGUAUGCCCUCGGAACGAUGGACAACAAUCGAGCGCGGAGCAUCAAAGAAGUGUACAGAGAAUGCAAGCUCAGAAAUCUUGUCACCCAAGCAGAGACUGAGAAGUACCGCGACGGGAGCUUGUUUUUGACUAGACUACAGGACAUAUAUAGGAUCAAAUUAGUGUAA